AUGAGCGCUAAAUUGGUUAAUCAAAUUACCUUUGGUAAUGACAAUUGGUGCUUGGAAUUAAAGCCUCUUUACAGUCGUGGUCUUUUGUGUAGUUCAAGUAAUGGUAGUGUUAAUUUGAUUGAUUGGAAUUCUCCUAGUAUUAUUAAGAAAUUUGAAGUUGGUGAAACAAAUAUUAAUUCAUUACGAGUGAUAAAUAAUGAUUUCGAAAAUGGCUGUAUCUUCGCUGCUACUUCAUUGGCUUCUGUAAAAAUUUAUGAUGUUAGGAAUGGCGAUUCACCAGUGGCUACAAUUAAAAAUGAUAAAAAUUCUGUGUUUCUGUCAUUAGAAUCAAGACAUGAUAUGUUAGUUUGCGGCACUGAGUUGACCGGUGUUGAUGCUGAAAUGUUCAUAUAUGAUGUUAGAUAUUUCAGUAAACCAGUACGGGCAUUUGUAGAUUCGCAUCAUGACGAUAUCACUGAUAUUAAAUUUCAUCCAUCUGAUAAAAAUAUUUUACUGAGUGGUUCAACUGAUGGGUAUACAAAUAUAUAUGAUCUCGCACAAGAGGAUGAAGAUGAAGCCUUGCAUCAAGUUAUCAAUUAUGCAUCCAUUCACUCAUGUGGAUGGUUAUCACCAAAAAGAAUAUAUACGUUAUCGCAUAUGGAAACUUUUGCAAUUCAUGAAUUGAAUGAUAAAUCUGAUGAAUUGACAGAACCUCGCCCAUUAGAUUUCGGUGAUAUUAGAGGACAAUGGGACUGUGAUUAUGUAGUUGACCUGUAUCCAGGUUAUGUUGCUAUGGGAAAAUCUGCAGAAAAUGCAGGUGAACUUAAAAUAUGCGGUUUUGAAAAUGAGAUAAUGAAUACUGAAAAUCAUAUUAUAAUUCCAAAUGCACACGGCGAUGAAGUAAUCAGAGAUGUCUUUAUUCCUCCAGGAAACCUAAAUAACCAUUCAGAUAUAAUUUACUCGUGUGGUGAAGAUGGUAAUGUGAACAUAUGGCAUGCUCCAAGGUGUUCGAGUAUAUUAAAUGUUUCAAAAGACUUUUGGAACGCAACUGAACAAUUGGACGUUCUAUCGGACGACUACAACAUGUUAGUUGGAAGAAAUAAUGAACAAUAUGGAGAGAAUAGUGAAAUAAAAAAGCAUAUAAAACCAUUGAUGAUAACCAAAAAGUCAAGAAACAUAAAAGCAAAAAACAUAAACAGAAACGUGAUAAAGACAAACACUCCUCAAAGACUCGUUUUAAACCUUAUUAGAAUAUGUCUGUAA